AUGGAAAUUUGGUUCAUCGUCUUCAUCUCUCUCAGCAUUGUUACGUUGUUUAACCUUCUCUUUUCAAAAAAAUCCAAACCUACACUACCUCCAAGUCCCUUCUCUUUUCCUAUCAUUGGAAACUUUACAUUGCUCCGCAAAUCUCCUUCACAAAUGGAAUCCUUUGUCCGAUCACUUAACUCAAAACUUGGUCCCGUAAUCACCCUCCAAUUCUUUGGAACUUCUCCCGCCAUAAUCAUUUCUGACCGCUCAUUAGCCCACCAGUCUUUGAUCCAAAAUGGCGCUGUGUUUUCUGAUCGCCCAUCUUCCACCACCAUUACAAGAGUCACUAGUAAUCAGCGUACAAUCACCUCUGCUUCUUAUGGCCCUACAUGGCGCCUCCUCCGCCGUAACCUUAUGCCAGAAAUCCUCCACCCUACUCGUGUGAAAUCCUAUUCAAAUGCGCGCAAGUGGGUGCUUCAAAUCCUUGUUGAUAUUCUCAACUCUCACUACAAAUCCGGUGAUCCAGUCCGCCUUCAUGACCAUUUUCAAUAUGCCAUGUUUUGCUUGUUAGUCCUGAUGUGUUUCGGGGACAAAGUUGACGAGAAGACAAUUGAAAAAGUGAAAGAGGCUGACCAUCACCUUCUUCAUAAUUUGAGCCGGUUCCAUAUCCUCAAUUUCUUGCCAAAACUGACAAAGAUUUUGUUUCGUAAAAGAUGGGAAGAGUUCUUGAAAAUGUACGGAGAAAAAUAUGAUGUGUUGAUGCCGUUGAUAAAAGAGAGAAGGAAGUUGAAAGAAGAGAGAAUAAACAAUGCUAAACAAGUGAACGAUGAGUAUGUCUUAGCAUAUGUAGAUACUUUAUUUGAUCUGGAACUCCCGGAGGAGAAGAGAAAGCUUAAUGAUAUAGAAAUUAGUAAUUUGUGCUCGGAGUUUCUUGUUGCUGGCACUGAUACAACAUCCACAGCGUUGCAAUGGGUGAUGGCAAAUUUGGUUAAGUAUCCACGUAUUCAAGAAAAGUUAUUCACAGAGAUUAAAGGGGUUGUUGGAGAUGAAGAGACAGAGGUUAAAGAAGAUGAGUUGCAAAAGAUGCCAUACUUGAAAGCAGUGAUUUUGGAAGGUUUACGACGCCAUCCUCCUGCACACUUCUUGCUAACACAUGCUGUCUCAGAGGACACAGUUUUGAAUGGGUUUUUUAUUCCAAAGAAAGCAAGUGUAAAUGUGAUGGUCGCGGAUAUAGGAUGGGAUCCAAAAGUAUGGGAAGAUCCUAUGGAGUUUAAGCCAGAAAGGUUUUUAAAUAAUGAACAAGCGUUUGAUAUAACAGGGAGCAAGGAGAUAAAGAUGAUGCCAUUUGGGGUUGGGAGAAGAAUUUGUCCAGGCAUUGGUUUAGCAAUGCUUAAAUUGGAAUAUUUUGUGGCAAAUUUGAUUUGGUGGUAUGAGUGGAAAGCUGUGGAUGGAGAUGAGGUUAAUUUGGAAGAAAAGCGUGAGGUGCUCACAGUCGCCAUGAAAAAUCCAUUACAGGCUCAUAUAAGUCCUAGGACCAAAUAAAGAUUUGAAAUAUCUUAUGUUAAUUCUCAUUACGUUGUUAGUACCAAUCUUUACAAGUUUUGUGCCUGUUCUAAGGUUGUGAAUGUAUUGGGCCUUGUCGCCGUAAAUGGGCAAGGCCUAGUAGAAUCAACAGGCUUGCAUUAUGAGAUAAAUGGUAUGUUUGGUUUAUUAUUUUGGAUAGAAUUUUGGGGAUAGUAUUGGAUAGUUGGAUAGUUAUGAU